GUUUUCGCGCAUAACGAGAGAAUUCUGCAGGGAGGAGGGAGAAUUUAACGGCGUGAUAAAUCGUCAUCCGAUAUCUUUCGUCGUUCGUCUCGUAAAGCUCGGCAAUCCGAAUUACAUCGGAACUCGAGCGGAAUUUUUCGUUGUUCACAGCGAGCGUCGCGCUCUCUCACGACUUUCGUAAUCAAAAUUUUAUCGUUGCGUGUGCUUAACUUGGAGCAGGAAAUUAAAGCAGAAAGAGAAAGAUAGAGAGAGAGGGGGGAGAAAGAGUGAGAGAGGAAGAAGGUGAGAGAGAGAGAGAGAGGAAGAAGGAGAGGGCACAUGUACUAUACGUACGAAACAAUAUAAUGAAAUGCUGAGAAACAUCGCAUUACGCGAUACGUUGCAGCAACUCUUCAGUCACAUAUUGCUUUCCGGUAACGCAGUUUCGCGUUUAAUAAGUCCAACCUCGUUUCAUUUUGUGUAUUUCGUUUGCGAUGAAACUUCAUUUCGGCCGUGGCAAUAUCGGCAACAAACUGCUCGUAACAAACAGUGUAAACUGUGAAUACGGGCACGUUCGCGGCAUUACCGGCGUUUGACGGUGCCUGCAUAUUAUUGCUUUUUAAAUAGCGCAUCGGGCCGCUUCAUCCCGGCGUCGUUAAGCGCAUUGCGAAUUUGUUACCGUCGCACAACCAGUUCGGUUAUUAUCGUCGUGAAUUUAAAUCGUUACCGCAUGGUUACCGUCAUACUCAUUUUUUGGCGUCGCCGCCGCUGCCAUCGCCGCUUUUCCCUGGGAAUAUUUGACAAUUGACUCGAUGUUGUUUCGGAAUUAGUUCACUCGACAUCCCCCGACACCCGUGUGCACAAACAAUCACUCGUCAAUGGAACGGAAAAAAGGACUGGCUUACAUCGAAAAUGCGCGUUGCAUUUCCAAUUACCACCGGCGAGCCCGGCCCGGCAGCGCGCGAUAGCGCGAAUUAAUUUCGAUCCUGCAAAGAAUGGGGAGGAUACGUUUUAAUUUGAUUGUUUUAAUUUAAUUGAAACAAGCGGGAACACUAUGGUCGCGCGCAUGUAGCAUUUGCCUUUUUUUUCUUUUUAACUCAAUCUCGAUUUGCCGCCUACGUGCACCACUGUCCGGUUAUUUAUAUUUGGUUACAUGAUUUCUUGUGCAUUACGAUCCAAUAAAUAUCGUAGAUAAACGGCGGCGACGCGGAAGCGACGAGGCCGCGAGCAUCCACCGGCAGAGAACACGCGGUAUCUGCGCGAUCUAUUAAAUAAAAAAGAAAACACACACAAAAGGAAGAGGAAAAAAAGGAGGACGCGUGGGGGAGGCAGGCACGGGGUUAAAAAUCUCGAAAUUAUAAGCGCUCUCGCCUCCGCCGCCGUCGGGCUUGAAGUGAAAAACCGGCGCGAUUCAACGCGGCGUGAAAUUAAGUGGUUUCGCGGAGAUUAAUACCGGCCGAUUACAGCUAAAAAUACGUUCUCGAGCAACGGCCGACAUGGCCGUUCGCCGCGUAAUUGUAUUCCUUUUUUUUUUACUAUGCAAAUGCGCGCGCGCGCGCUCUCCUCGCGUGCGGAUAUCGCCGGGCUUUGCGGUCGCGUGCGAAUUUCCCUUCUUCGGCGGCAACAUAUCGUCUGCCGCGUUAUUAGCGACCGGGCUUAUCACGGGGUCGCCGCCGCCGCCAUGUAUAUGAUUGCAUAACGAUUCCGACGCGCUCGGGCUUAUUGCGCGCCGUCCACUUUCGUUUGUAGACCGAUAACGACGGUCCGGCGACGAUCAAUCACCGCGGUAAUGUUCUCGCGCGUAUCGCCGUUCUCUCCUUUCUAGCCGGCGCGAUGACUAAUUUGCGUACUCCGCCGAGCCGGGGGUUGUAGAAAGGCCGCACCCUCCUCGGUGGCUGAUACCUGCGCGAAGUGCAUCCGGCCGGUGGACGAUGUAUUAUUCAACGGUUGCCUUUUUUUCAUCGGACGAGAAAGUAAUGCCUAUCGUAAAGUUGACUGAUUGGGAGACAAGGAGAGCGAAACGCGUGCCGAGGAUACGCCGAUAACCCGGGGAACGUUGCAAUAAAAGAGAGAAAAGAAUGAGCGUUGCGCUGGGGAAAAGAAGGAGAGAAAGAGAGAAAGAGCGAUGCGUUCGCGUAUACCAGCUCUUAUGCAUUGCAUAGCAUAGAUGCGCUUAUGGCGCAGCAGGCUAACGUCACGUUUCUUUCUCUCGGAUCUCGCGACACGCCGCGCUAUUAGUAUAUACGCCAACACCUUGGUGUGUUUUGCUAUUUAUCUGUCAUUUCUUUGCCAUUUCUUUGCCAUUUCUUUGCCAUUUCUCUGCCAUUUGAGCCAGUUUCCUGCUGCGCGAUCUCUGAUAAAUAUACAUAAGUAAUUUUGUUAGAACGUUGCUUUUGUUUUCGAGAUACAAAAAAUCGCGAAGUCCCUCGAAUAUAAAGAGAAAUACAUCUACGAUGUGUACUUUGGCGUGUUUGGCUAAGAAGAUUUCGAAGAUUAGCAUUGAUGUCUUGAAAAGUUCAAAAGUUUUAUAUAUUGGGAAAGGAGAUGUCUAAAAAAUAAAUAUAUUCAAUAGAUGUUAAUGAUACAUCUACUUGUUCACAGAAUUUCAAUAAUACCUUCCAUUUUCAGCUAUGGUAUUUUGCUCGAGCAUAUUGUGUGUACAUAUUUUUCUAUCGUAACUGUUAGUUUCGAGAAAUAUCUGCAACUCAGUCACAUUAAAUGCAACAAUAAUAAUGCAUAUAUGUAUUCGUACGUUCCCGUUGCAUUUAAUGUGACUGAGUUGCUGGAUUCUUCUGAAAAUCAACAGUCAUGAUGCAAAAAUAUGUAGAUACAAUGCGCCAGAGCCAAAAUAUCCUAGCCGGAAAUGGAAGGCGUUAUUGGAGGCCUGUAUACUAAUAUGCAUAUUUUUACAUUGAAAAAAAAUUCCCUUUAAAUCAGAAAAUACAUAUUUUUCUAGAACACCGUUAUUUCUCAUAAAAGCGAUUGUUUAUUCUGCCUAAAUAAAAGAAUUUAAAAUUAAGCAAAUAUUUUAUUGGUAUCCACCGAAGAAAUAUUUUAUUUUUUAGAUUUUUUUUUGUUCAGUGUAGAAAAUUAGUGCCUAUGCCUGUUAUUUAUAUGCCUGUUUUUUUUCGAGGAACUUUCUGAACUCUGGUAUAUAUUGGUGCAAUAAGCUAGAGUGAAAUAAAAUAUACUUGUUUCACUCGAACUUAUUGCACCACAUAGUCUACACCACACAAUUCAGGAAGUUGCUCGAAAAAGAACAGACCUACAAUUUCCAGGAUAUCUUCGAAAAUAUAUCCCGCCUGAAAAUAGUCUUGGUUCGAUAGAAACAAAUGAUAAAGAUUAGUCGCCGAUGGCUUCUCGGGGCGAAUUGUUUGACAGUUCUCACGGUGUAAAUUUUCGUGUCGAUUACUUCGCGAAACUUUAUUUAUUAUUUCAUCGAUUACUUCUUAUAUUCAGCCAUUGUAACAGUAUUCACGUUAAAUUGCGGCUGUGGUUUAUGAAUCUGAAGAAUUAGCACGGGAAUGGCGGGGAAGCGAACGAAAACUGUGGCAAGGGAGAGAAGAAGCAGGGUUAAACCCACGAAAAUCGCUGCGUUGGUCGUCUCGGCCAUAAAGGAUCUCCGCGAAGCCAAAGGCUCUACGUCCGAGAAGAUCGCGGGAUACAUUAGUUACGGCUCGAGUAUGCCCAAGGAAUUUGUCAAGCGACAAGUGAAGGCGGCUUUGAAGCGAGGCGUGGAGCACGGCAUUCUGCGAAGACAUCGCGGUCACUAUUUCCUUCUCAUUGGCGACGAAUUGGAUCGCGCGAAUCGUAUCGCCAUGCGAUUUGCAAGAUUGCCGACGCCGUCGCCGCGGCCGCUCGCCAGGUCAAAAAUCAAUUCUGCCCGUAAGAUAAAGGACCGUAAGAGACCCCGAGGAAUUGGUAAUAGAGUGCGAAAGAGCAAAAAAGCUCGCCGAAGCCGCAGCCCCUCAGCCGUUCCUAGUUUGACGGACAAAAUUGCCGAUGACGACGUCGCGUUCGCGACGGAGUGAAAUCACUUACCGAUCUGUAUAAUCCUGGGAAAAUAUUUUUCCGUGCGCGCGCGCGCGCACGCGUUCCUGAUGCCUGUGUUUGUUCGCGAAACUAUUAUCUGUUUUCAAUCAGAGGAGACGUAAAGUUAACUCAUCCGCAAACAAUACUCGCCGUGAACGUGUGAUAAACAUAUGAUUAGAACCGUACCUGUGCGAAGGUACGACGAGAGUCGUCUAUCUGUGAGAUCAUGUGCAAAUUAUGUCACGUGUAUCGAUGUUGUGUUGCUUGAAUGAUAAAGAGUAAAUAUCCUCGCGUUGCUCUUUCAUCGGCACGUUACUCGCAUUGCCCGUCGAAAUCGAGAAAUAAUGAUCCACGUGGCGGACGGAUAUAAUGGUUAUGAAUAUUAAUUAAAACUCUCGCCGCGCCAGCUCGAUCAUAAAUUAUCGAUAAUGUUUUAUCGUUAUCGAGAUUUUAAUAUCCUCCGGCACGAUGAAGUGGAUCGCGAUGUUCUUAGACGAACGGCGACGGUGAGAAACGGAUGAAUCGUUUUCUAUUACAACGAUAUAUCGAGUCGGUCGUGUCUCGACCCGACGACGACAACGACGAGCGGUAGCAUCGCUUCAGCGCUCGUCCGCGCUGCGGCAGAAUUAAGUGAAAUGAGGAACGAGCUUUUUUCGUAAAUUGCACCGGAGGUAAGGCGACCAUUUAUAAAAGUUAGGAGCUUCUUACCCGGGCCGAUAAACUUAAUAGCUUCAGAAAUUUACGGGGUUUGGCAUGCUGAGGAGAAAAUUUUGUGCGCCUCUGUUCUUGCCGAUCGAUCGCGCCCGCAACUUCUUCCUCGUUUUAUUGGGUACAUCCGCGUCAUUACGCUCGCGAAAUAAUUUCGUUCUCACUUCGCCGUUUUUCGUCUGUCUCUCUCUCUCUCUCUCUCUCUCUCUCUCUCUCCCCCUCUCUCUCUCUAUCUUUUUCUCUC